AUGGUGCUGACAGAUUGGGCACCCCAUUUAGAUAUUUUGGGACAUCCUUCCACAGGUGGGUUUUUGAGUCACUGUGGAUGGAAUUCAUGCAUGGAGAGCAUAAGCAUGGGGGUGCCAAUGGCGACUUGGCCGAUGCAUUCAGAUCAACCAAGCAACGCUUUGCUGAUAACGAAGGUGCUGAAAGUGGGUGUGGUGGUGAAGGAUUGGGCUCGGAGACAUGAGAUUGUGAGCUCAUUAAUGGUGGAAAAUGCUGUUAAAAGUUUGAUAGUGUCGGCCGAAGGGGAAGAGAUGAGGAAGAGGGCGGCUGAAUUGGGUGGUGCUGUUCGGAAGUCGGUGGAGGAGGGCGGCCUUUCUCGCCUGGACAUGGAUUCUUUCAUUGCUCACAUCACUAGAUAG